GCUUUUGAUCUCCUUCCUUCUCUGUCAAUGAAAAUGAGCAGCCGACGGCGACGAUGCAAGCGGCAGCUGAUCAAGUUCACUCAGCACAUAGCUCGAUUAAUCACAGGAACUCUGAGCUCAGAUAAUGAGGACGAAGAACAAGAGAGCACGACGGUGCGGUAUCACCCGGAAAAUCUGGAGCAGCUGCAGUCGCAGACCCAUUUCUCCAGACAAGAGCUGCAGCUACUCUACAGAGGAUUCAAGAACGACUGUCCGAGCGGAGUUGUGAAUGAAGACACUUUUAAAAACAUCUAUGCUCUGUUCUUCCCUCUGGGAGAUUCGUCAAAGUAUGCUCAGUUUCUUUUCAAUGCAUUUGAUAAAGAUAAGAACGGCUCUCUUAGCUUUGAGGAGUUAGUCUGUGAUCUCUCUGUUUUGUUGAGAGGCUCUACUGAAGAGAAGCUGAACUGGGCCUUCAAUCUAUACGACAUCAACAACGAUGGACAGAUCACUAAAGAGGAAAUGUUGGAUAUAUUGAAGUCUAUUUAUGAUUUGAUGGGGAAAUCUAUCCAUCCACGACUGAAAGAAGAGGCAGUGAGGCAACACGUCAGAAUGUUCUUCCAAAAAAUGGACAUGAACCAGGACGGUGUAGUAACUAUUGAUGAAUUCAUUGACUGCUGCCAAAAAGAUGAGAAUAUAAUGCAGUCUCUUAAGAUUUUUGACAAUGCUGUUUAGAUGUUAGUCAGCACUUGGAUGAUUCUCACCGGAUAACGCCAGCUUUCCUGCGCUGCUGCUCUGGACUGCUCCAGACUGUCUUUUGUGAACUGACCGCUGAAUGUAGAACCUCGUUAGACGUUUGGGGCCGUUGUGUGAUGCAAAUGUAAGUGCAGUGGUAAAACAGCAACACAUCAUCAGUGUUACUGUAUUCUAAUU